AUGAUUCGUCUAUUUUUCACACGGAUACUAUUGCUUACCGUAAUACCGACCGUUUAUUCAAAAUUAAAUUGCACAAAAUGUCCAUUUUACAUCGAACCUAAAGGUCAUACGAAUUGUACAGAAACAUGCGAAGGAGACGUUUGUUAUAUCGUAGUGAAUCAAUUUUACAAUGGAACGAAGAUUGCGGGUUGUUUGGAUCUUUACGAAGGGGACACAUUUAAGGAAGGACCGGCUAUAUGCUACAGGGAAGAGUAUCAGACGUCCUGCGCUUGUAAUACAAGCGAUUUCUGUAACAGCCCUACUUCUCCAAUCGCAAAUUUCAACUUCACGGAAAGCCCAAUCCUCCAAGGUUAUCAGUUGCAACCACUAGUAGGAGGAGGCAGAAAUCCACCUGAAGGUGUUCCCGAUCUUGGAAUUCUAACUCCAAGUCCUGAAAUCGAAAGUCAAGGAGUGAAGCCAGGCGACGAUCACUACGCUCCAACACCGAAUGGAGUACCUUUGGAUGUCGCAACGACGACGACAUCAGUGAUAGUUGACGUCAACACGACGAAGGAGACUGACGCAAAAACGAAAACUUUCGAACAAACAUCCACAACAGCAUCAAAAACCACUACAAAACCAAAUCCAUCAAGUGAGACAACGACGAAAGCGAAGACGGAAACUACGGCCCGCCCCAAAUCAGCUCCGUUCACGUUUUCACCAGUUGUGGUGAUAGUUGCAGUCUCUCUUACUUUCUCUGUUAUAUUUUGA